UCAUUAUUCUUAUGUACACGACGACGACGACGAACAAAAAGGAUAAGUUGCAAGUAGCUGGAGACCCGCGGGCCGCCGUGCCGCACAAUACGUAUUGACGGUGAAUAAUUAUAAUUUUUAAUUACUCCACUAAAACGCAACAUUUUUGAAAAUCCCUCCUUAUUGCACGGUGAAAAUAUGAGAAGAACCUGUGGUAUUUCAGUCAGUGGUAUUUGGAUUUUAUAUGUAUAGAUGAUAUUAAAUAGGUAUCUAAAUUUACGUAUUAUAUUUAAAAACAACUGUGUAGGUAAUAUAAAUAUUAAUUUAUAUUAAAGGUAAAUAUUAAAUAAAAAAGUAGUGUUGUUUUUAUCUUAUCUUUAUAUAUUUUAUGGAAUGUUUCAUGGUUUAUACAUAAAUACAUAUAAAUAUGGUUCACAAUAGAUGUGUUGAAUUUUCUAUUUAACACGUCUAGCCUGCUGAAACUACCUAUUAUUCUUAUAUGCAUGGAUCACGAUUAUUACAAUAGACAGGUAAGAAUACAAAUUUGAUUUUUUUUGAGUAUAAUUUGUAUGUUUUAGAUUUUGAGUGAAACGAAGGAAUGCAUUAUUUUUAAGCAAUGAUAAACCAUGUCUUAUGAAAAAACGAUUCCCAGCGGAGUUCAGUUGAUAAUGGUGUUUUGUCAAAAAUGUAUAUCAUUUUAUAGUAAAACAAUUAAAUAGGCUUUAUGUAUUUUCUUUGAUAUUUGUUUAAUGUUAUACCGAUGUUUCUAGUUUUACUACAUUCCCCCCGUUUUUUUCGGUUUUUCAAAUUUAGUGAGAAAACUCCCGAGAAAAUCGAAAAAUGACCACUUUAAAGUACCUCUUCACAUCGAUUUCCUUUCAGAAAAGAUGCUUUACUUAAAAAUCUGAGCAAGUUUUCUGGUAGAAAACUUGCGCACAAAUAGAAAAAAAAACCAUCUUAGUAAAACUAUUAGCUUCUUCGCUCCACUCAGAAUUUCAAAUAGAAUAUAUAAUAUUAUAAAUGUAAAUUUAAAUAUUUAUUAACUUCUUAUAAUUGUUCGUGCUAUUAUAAAAUGAUUGCAUAGGUAUUUUUAUUUAUUUGAAUAAUCAAUAUAUUAGGUAUAUUAUACAUUUUUACUGUACUGUUCUAAUAGAUAAUAUAUUAUAUAUAAUACAAUGUAUUGGAAUAUUUGUUGGUUAUUAACUUGCGUAAUAUGCUUGACGUCUUGUGAUGUUGUUGUUCCACCAACUACCUCCUUAAAUUCUGAUUGGUGGCAACAUUCAGUAAUUUACGAAAUAUACCCGUUGUCGUUUAAAGAUUCAAAUGGCGAUGGGUUUGGUGAUUUUAGAGGUAUUUAUUUUUAGUAAGGUUAUUAUUGAUAAGGAUUUUAAAAGUAUAUUGUAAAUACACUUUUUAAUGCAUUAUUUAUUUUUAUAUGAAAGGUAUAAUCGAAAAAUUGGAUUACAUCGCAAAGUUAGGAGUCACUGCAAUUUGGCUAACGCCCUUUAUGGAAUCGCCUUUACGAACGGAUGGAUAUGAUAUAAGUGAUUAUCUCAAAAUAGAAAGUAUUUUUGGUACAAUGGACGACUUUAAGGAUCUUUUAGACAAAGCACAUGGAAAAAGUAUAUAUAUUAUUUAAUUUAAACAUAGUUUAUUAAUGACAAAUAAUUGUAAAACAAUUUAAUUAAAGAUUUAAAAGUUAUUAUGGAUUUUAUUCCUAAUCACACAAGUGAUAAACAUAUUUGGUUUGAAAGUUCUCGUGAGCAAAAAAGUAAUAAAUAUAUUGACUAUUAUAUAUGGAGAAAUGCGAAAAAUCACGAUGACAUAAUGCAAAAUAGUAGUAUAAUUCCUGAAGAACCAAAUAACUGGGUAAUAUAAACAAAGUCACUUAUACAAGUUAGUUAAAUGAUUUAUAACAUGUUAACAUUUAGACGUAUAGAUGAGCAGAGUUAUAAUAAGGUAUAUUUUUUUUUCAUCAAAAAAUGAUAAUAUCCAACAUUUUGAAUAAGAUGGACAGAUGCAGGGAAUCCGACAAUAUCUUGGAUAUGGAUUUUUAAAUUUAAAUUUCUAUAUGGGAUGUUGAUAAUUAAAUUUUAUUUUUCAUAGAUAUUUGUCUUUUUGAUUUCCCUUGAUUACACAUGCUUGUAGAAUAUAGAAAGAUAGAUUAAAGAAAAAAAUCACUGAAAAAAGAAAAUUUUUCUAUAGUAAAUUGGUACAGCUGUCACGAGCUAACUACAUUAUAUAAAUAUAAUAUAAAGCUGUUAUUGUCUUUGACAAUAACAUUAUUGACUUUGUUGUCAUGCACAACGCUGAGUAGGAAUAAUUGGUACACAUUCACUCUAAAACUCGAAAGUGCUAAAAUUAUUUACGAUAGGGUAUCACGGGGGGGAAGGAGGUAUCCCCAAACCUAUUCGACAUUUCAAAAUAAAAUUAUAUAUUACUUUCACAUUAAAUAAACAAAAUUUAAAUAAUGAGAUCCAAUAAAAUAACGAAUCUUUCAUUUCCUAAUAAAUUCUUAAAAAAAUAAAAAAUAUUAACAUAAAUUUACAUACUAUUAUAAUAUUAAUUAUUAAUGUAUUAUAUAUAAUAUGAUUUAUGUAAAUCAAUACACAAUAAUAUAAUAGUCAUUACUUAUCUCAUAUCUGAAUAUUAUAUUUAUUUCAUUUAGCUCAAAAUCUGGGGUGCUAAUUUUAGAUUUUAGAUUUAGGGGUGCCAAGCACUGCUUGGCACCUCUGUAUAUGCACCAAUGGUGAGAAUAUACCUAAUAUUUGAAUAUUAUAUAAUGAACCUUAUUACAAUAAAAUAUUAUUAAAAUAAUUCAUACCAUAGGUACUUAUUAAACAUAUGCAAUUAAUCAAUUAGGUAUACAUAAUAAUUAAUAUUUAUACGCAUACAAUUUUAUUUUCUCUUUCAGAGAAUAAUUUAUGGAAAUGGUGAUGAUAACUCAAGUUGGAUUUGGGAUGAUAUGCGAAAUCAAUUUUACUUUACACAAUUUGAUCAAAAUUUACCAGAUUUAAAUCUUCGACAUACAAGUGUUCUCAAAGAACUAAAAAGUGUUUUGGAAUAUUGGUUAAAUUUAGGAAUCGAUGGAAUUCGAAUUGAUGCUUUAAGAUAUUUAUUUGAAGACAUUGAAAUGGAUAAUGAACCCCUCAUUGAUGUCUUAAAAUCAGUAUCUUAUGAUAAUUUAAAUCAUAUUUAUACAGUCGAUCAAUACGAAGUGUAUGAUUUACUUACGGAAUGGCGUAAAAUACUAGAUGAUAUAAAAAAAAAAGAUAACAAAACAAGGUAUUAACAAUUAUUACAUAUUAUUUUAGUGUUUUGUGUAAUUUGUAGCCGUAAGUACGUUGUAAAAUUAAAUAUCUAUGCGAUAAAAAUAUCAGAUACACAAUUAUUAUAAUACAGAGAGUUUAGAGGUAAAAUAAAAACUAAAUAAAAAAAGGUAUAUCUACCUAUUCAUCAAAUGUAUUAACUUUUAGAUUUAGAGAGUAGCGAGGGAUAAAAGAUUAGAUUUUUUUUGUAAUCUAAGGUAGUUAUUUUAUGAAUUAAAUUUUUUAAAUUGUUGUUUAAAACUAGCCAUUAAGUUUUAAACAAUUUAAAAUUUUGUUAAAAUACAAAUUUAUUCCUUGCUAAUUUUACUAAGAAUAAAUGAUAAGCAUUUAUCAGAUUCACAGCUUAAAAUAUUUAAAUUAUAGUGUUAAAGUUUGUUAAAGAUUUCGAAAAAAAAAAAAACUAAAAAUAUUUGGCAGAAAAAAAGUUAUUACAUUUGUUACAUAGUCCCAUUAUAUUGUGUAUACCUACAGAAAUAACUAAGAUUUAAAAUAUUUUAGAAAAAAACAGCCUAUCACGCCCUUGGGUAAUAAAUCUCGAUCCCCAGAACGUGUAUUUGACAUCAUAAUUCCUCCUGCAAUGAAUUUAGACCCAGAGUCUGAAAGAAUUCAGACUUUUUUUUUAAUUUGUAUGUAAUUAAUAAUAUUAUUAAAAUUAGUUCCUUUUUUUAGGAUAAUUAUGACAGAUUCACACAGUAAUAAUAGUGUUUUAUUUGAAUAUUAUAAUUGUGGCAUUGAAAUACCAACAAACUUUAAUUUAAUGGACUUAGUAAAAAUACCUGGGUAUACUGUAGAUGAGUGGGAUUUAGAAAUUCGGAAGUUUAUAACUGAAAUGCCAAAAGGAGGUACAUUUAAUGUAAUAGUAAGUACAUUAUGAUAUUUAAAUAAUAUAUGUAUACUAAUAUAUUAAGAUAUGUAAAAUACUUUUUUUUAUAAGCAAUGUCAUCAUUAUAAAUAUUUGUCAGUAGAUGUCUAUAGAUAUAACAUUAAAAAUGUAUUAUUCUAACAUUAUUUAGUAAUGCAGUAGGCAUGUAUGUACAUUGUACAUACCCAUACAUUCAGGUGGGGAUAAAUUCCCUUCUAUGAUCAUUUUUCUUUUUUUUUUGAUCAAAAAUUUAAUAAUUGUAUCAUCUUUAGCUAUUAGAUUUUAAGAAAUGAUAAAGGUUCAAUUCAUAUUCUUUUAUUAUGUUAAUAGAGAACAAAAGUGCUCCCAUCGCUUAUAAUUCUUGUAUCUCCCCCUUCAAAAAAUACUAAGAAUGCUGAAGACAUUAUAGAAGUUUGUGUAAGCACUGUAAUUUUGUAGGUAUAUUUAUUUUCUAAAAUAUUUUGAAUUAUUUCUGAUCAAUGUAGAACACUUUUAUGUUAACCCAUAGCAAUAGGUUGGUAUACAAUGCCAAUUCUCCAUUCCGAUGGAUUGCUUACUUUUCUUUAUGUUCCUUAAUGGUUUUGACUCCUGCAUCUCUUUUAAUUUGCUUUAUAUAAGGGUUCUGGAAACAGUCUGCAGUAGGAAAACAGUAGGAAAAUAGGUACAAUAAUGUUAAACAAAUAUUAUUAUAGAAAAUAUAUAAUGUCAAUGUAAUUAUUUUACCAUAAUAUGGCAUAUAUAUUAUUGACAAAGCAACUACACUCAACUGAAUUCCAUUCAGAAUUAUUUUUCAUUAGCAAUGGUUUAUUGUUGCAUUCAGACAUACAUUAAAUUCUCUCUCUAUUACCUUUCCAACUUCCUACCUACAAAAGUGGCUGCACUGGCUGAGCGAAGUUGCCAAGUUUUUUGACCAUUUAUAUUAUACUGGAUGAUCCAUUUAAGUGGCUAAUGAGUACACUCAUUAUCUCGGAAAGUAUUAACUUUUUUCUUAAUUUGUUUUCUACAACAUUUAAGAAACAAGCAGCAAUACAAUUUUAUAUUUAUAUUAUUUUCUGUUACCCUUAUUUUUGGGGUAAACCACUACCUACUUUUGAUUUUUAAAUGGCAAUCUAUAUUAAAAAUUCUAUAAAUAGAUUGAGUAUUUGUUAAAAUAAAUGUGAGUAUUGACAUUUUUGAUUUGUGUCGAGCUGUUGACAAGAUAUUCGAUUUUAAAGUUUGGGUUGGAGAAGCGUAGUGGUGCAUUUUUAACAUGCCGUGUGCUGGACUGCCACACAAAUGACACCACUACUCUCCUCAAGCCUAAAUUUAAAAGUGGAAUAUCUCGUUAACGAAUCAAUGGAAAUCAAAAAUGUCAACACUAAAAUUGAUUUUAAGUAAUACACCAUCUAUUUAUAGACUUUUCAAUAUAUGUUGUCAUUUGAAAAUCAAAAUUAGAUAGUGGUUUUGCCCCCCUCCCUCCCCCCAAAAAAAUUUAAACAUGAAAUUGUAGAACAGCUUGUUUCUUAAAUGUUCUAGAAAACAAAUUCCGGAAAAGUUAAUACUUUCUAAAAUAAUGAGUAUACUCACUUAAAUGGAUCACCUGAAAAUUAAUAUAACAUCUUCCUUUUUUUUCAGAUCUGGCACAGACUAAAUCUUCGUUUUUGCACUAUUUAUUUUCAUUUCUGAUGUUCUGAGCAUUUCAUUAAUUUCAUCAACUUCAUUCUCUGCUAUCACUACAAUAUCUUCUGCAAAUUAUAUCAUGAAUCAAUUUCUUAGAAAAUUUUGAUUACAAAAUUUAGUCUUGUUAGCUUUGCUUAUACUAUAUUUAUAACUUUUUCGAUGUAGCAGUUAAAAAAUGGAAUUGAUAGCAUGCACCUUUGUCAGACCCUUUUUUUUUUGUUUUUAGCGGUUUUUCUUAUUCAUUAGUGCUUUUUUAAAAAUUUUUAUACUAGGAUAUAUAAAUUGUACUAAUUUUUUAAUUGUUAAUAAUUUAGCUUCAAACCCAUGAUCAACCAAGAAUUUCUUCUGAUUUUAUUGAUGGAAUGAACGCUUUAUCACUAUUUCUGCCCGGUGUAGCAAUAGUUUAUUAUGGAGGAGAAAUUGGUAUGCAAAACACACAAUAUGAAGGCGUUCAUUUUGCAAAGUCUCCUAUGCAAUGGGAUGACACACAAAAUGCCGGUAGAGUUAUAUACAAAUACAAAAAUACUAAUUGUAAAUGUAGAAUAAAAUAAAUAAAUUUUAAUAUUUUACAUAAAAACUUGUAUAAAUUGUAGCGCCCAGGUAAAAAAACACUAAUUUUCAGGAAAUAAAAUAAACUUCUAAUUUCUUUCUUCUUCUUUGUAAUCGACCAUUAAGAUCAUAAUGUUAAACAUUAUUCCUGCCACUUCCUUCUGUCAAUCGUCAAAAAAUGCCAAUCAGAAUCUGGCAUUUCUGGCAAAUACAUUCUUCUUCACUUGGUUCUCCACUCCCCACCUUAGUCGUGGUCGUCCCAAAGGUUUCUUUCCUUUCAGUGCACCACACUGAUCCAGCCGAACUAGCAUUUUUUUAUUUCUUCAUGCAUGUCCUGUAUAUCCCAUUUCUUUAACAUUUUUUUUUUUUUUUUUUUAAAUUAUUAUUCUUAACUUCAACUCAUAAUUUGAUACUUUUUAAGAAUAAUAAUUAUUAAAAAAAUGAAAAAUGUAUUUUAUUUCUUGAAAACUAGUGAUUUUUAACUUAUUCUCUUUUACCUGCAAACCGUACAAUUAUAAUUAUUAUUCUUAAACAAAUACCGUAAAUAUAUUUUUAGGUUUUAGUACACAUUCCACAUGGAUUCCGGUACAUUCUAAUUAUGAAACAAUAAAUGUGAAAAAGGAAAGCAUUGACCCAAAAAGUUAUUUGAGCUUUUUCAAAUCAAUUACAGCAUUACGUCAAACAGAAACUUUUAAACGAGGAGGGUUGGCUACUUAUAAUUUUAACAAUACAGUAUACGUUCUGAUUAGGUAAAUACAUGAUCUCUAUAUCUAGUAGUUAUUAUGAUAUAGUAAAUUCCUAUUUUUAUUAUUUUAAAACACAUAAAUAAAAUAUUAAAAUAUUAAGUAUUUAUAUAAUUUCAUUUCAGUUACUGAAAUUCACAAGUGUGCUUUUAAAUUGUUUGGAGUAUUAACCCAUAAUAAUUAAUUAUUAAUAUUAUAUUAUGUACUAGCUUAUAGGCAUCAAAACUAAAGUACUUAGUUCCCUGUAUUAUAGAAUGUGUUUGGGUAAUUUAUAAUGUUUAUAUGUUUAUAAUGUUUAUGUUGUAUAUACUUUUUACUGAUGAGUAAACUAUGUUCAUUGGUAAUUCACGAGCUGAGUAGUCCGCUUUAUAAAUAUUUAAUAAAGUUGUUUACACAUAUAUAUUACAGGUUUUUACCAGGGAAUUAUAGUAAUUAUACACUAAUAAUAAACAUGGAUUCAGAAUUACAACAAAUAUGUUUAUCAGAUCAAAUACCAGAUUUGGAUAAUAACUUGACAGUCUAUUCGGGAUCAGGAAACUCGAAUUUUAAUGCGGGGUUAGUUAUUUAUAUUUUGUAUCUAAUCUAAACUAUUUGCAAUCCUAGUUUAUUUAAUUAGCAAAUAAAUUGAAACAAUUUUUUUAGGAAUAUUAUAUCAGCUAAUCAGUUAAUAAUAUUAAGUCCCGGUGCAACAGUUAUACUUACUGAGAAUACAGCUACAACACAUUCACCUUCAACAUCUAGAAUUCAGACAAGGUUGUCCCCAACAUCUUCUUGGACUUUAACAUCUCCAUCUCAAGAUUCUACUAUUCCUUCAUCCGCUAUCCAGUUAUGCAUUUCAUUUUUAGUUUUACUACUUUGCUUGGUGAUUUCUAAAAUUUGCAAUGUAUAACCAUCAUCAAUUUACUUAUUAUAUUAAUAUAUACAUUUAUGUACUUAUUAUA